ACAAGAGUAUAUAAGAAGAAGAAGUGAGUGCAGGGUUUUGUUGCACUACUUGUCCGAAACAUUCUGUUCUCUCUUCUCCUUUCUCCAAGCUAAGGUUUCUUGGAUGCUGCGUAUAUCUCUGUCUUUGAUGCUCUUCUCCAAGGUUCGCAGCGUGUGGAACCACCCUUCACGCGCCAUCACCCUCUUCCUCUUCCUUCGCUUCCUCCAAAACCGUUUGGUACUUCCGCAACACUGAACCAUCUCAGUUUCAAACAAGGAAAUUAAAAUAAAAAGCUUCAAAAUAAGAAGAAGAAGAUCAUGACGAAGAAGAGUGCUUUUGAGAAGAUGCUGAUGCAAAAGAGGAGCUAUGACGAUGAUGAGGAUCAGCAGAAGAAGAGGAACAACAGCAGCAGCAGUAAGAGGUUGUUGGUGAGUAUCAACAUACUUGGGAGCGCAGGGCCAAUAAGGUUUGUCGUGAAUGAAAAGGACAGUGUUUGUGUGAUCAUUGAAACCGCUCUCAAGUCCUAUGCUCGUGAAGGCAGGCUUCCUCUUCUUGGUUUUGAUCCCACCAACUUCCUCCUUUACUCUGCAAAUUCAUGCUUUGAUGCUUUGAAUCCUUUGGAAGCCAUAGGAUCUUAUGGGGUGAGAAAUUUUGUGCUGUGCAAGAAGCAAGUUUGCUUAUCAAAGACACAACCACAUUCAGAGCUGAUAUCUCAGCAGAAACGCAAUGGUGGUAGUGGCUGGAAGGCAUGGUUCAACAAAUCAUUUGGUUGAAAAUCUCAUCCCAUUGAAGAGAUACAUCAUCCAUCCAUUUCAUGUUGAGUUGUUCCACAACAAUGAUGUCCUUUCCUAUGAUUGUAUUUUAUUAUCCAAUAAUGUGUUUGUUGCAGCGGUGUACUACUAUUAGUUAGGAGUGUGUUUGGUUUAGCGUUUAAAACAUGUCAGAUUAAAAAUAUAAUAAAUACUUAGUCACUUUGUUCAAGUUAUUU